UCUGUCCUGAUCACUGUUCUUCCUUCCCCCUUGGUUGCCCAGGACAAUGUGGAGAGGGCAGACGCACUCCAGCUGACAGUGGAGGAGUUUGUGGAGCGUUAUGAGAAGCCUUACAAGCCUGUGGUGCUGCUGAAUGCUCAGGUGGGUUGGUCUGCCCAGGAGAAGUGGACGCUGGAGCGACUGAAACGCAAGUACAGGAACCAGAAGUUCAAGUGUGGAGAGGACAAUGAUGGUUACUCUGUGAAGAUGAAGAUGAAGUACUACAUAGAGUACAUGGAAACCACACGUGAUGACAGCCCCCUGUACAUCUUUGACAGCAGCUAUGGGGAACAUCCCAAGCGAAGGAAACUCCUGGAGGACUACAAAGUACCCAAGUUCUUCACUGAUGAUCUCUUCCAGUAUGCAGGGGAGAAGCGAAGGCCUCCAUACAGAUGGUUUGUGAUGGGCCCUCCUCGUUCUGGAACAGGAAUUCACAUCGAUCCCUUGGGAACCAGUGCGUGGAAUGCCUUAGUCCAGGGACAUAAGCGUUGGUGCCUGUUCCCAACCAGCACUCCCAGAGAGCUGAUCAAAGUGACUCGAGAAGAGGGAGGGAACCAGCAGGAUGAGGCUAUCACUUGGUUCAAUGUCAUCUAUCCUAGGACACAGCUUCCCACCUGGCCCCCAGAAUUCAAACCCCUGGAGGUGUUACAGAAAGCAGGAGAGACAGUGUUUGUGCCAGGUGGCUGGUGGCAUGUGGUUCUCAAUCUCGACACAACUAUUGCCAUCACACAGAACUUUGCCAGCUGUACCAACUUUCCCGUGGUGUGGCACAAGACAGUGAGAGGGAGACCCAAACUGUCACGGAAGUGGUACAGGAUCCUAAAGCAGGAACACCCUGACUUGGCAGCCUUGGCUGAUUCAGUUGACCUGCAGGAAUCUACUGGCAUUGCUUCUGAUAGCUCUAGUGAUUCUUCCAGUUCCUCAAGUUCCAGCUCCUCAGACUCUGAUUCAGAGUGUGACUCUGGCUCGGAGACAGAGGGGAUGAUGCACCGGAGGAAAAAGCGGAGGACGUGCAGCAUGAUGGGCAACGGUGACACAACCUCCCAGGACGACUGUGUGAGCAAGGAACGCAGCUCCUCCAGGAUUAGGGAAUCUUGUGGAGGCCGCAGCUACCCCUGAGAGGCAACAGCACCAGCCCAGAGGCAGCUGCAGAUGGAAGCUCCUUUAGCAGCCAGCCAGCUCUGUCCUGCCCCUCCUGCUUCUGUCUCACAGUCCUUACGUUUUUGUCACUCCUCCUCGAUCCUGACAUCCAUCUUCGUUAUGUGCUGUCCAAGGUUGGCUCCUGAAUAACUUGCAGGGCAAUGCCCUGACUACGUCCUCGUGCAAUGCUCUGUCCCCUGUGCCCUGGGUGAGUGCACUAUGGCCCUGUGGGGAAGGACAUGCCAAGUCUUUCGUGGGUCACGGAACUGGCAAGGAAGACAACGGUCAGUUUUUAAAGAACUCUUUUUAAAACCAGCAGGUAAAUGUGAAAACCUGCCUUGCUUUGAC